GCGAAAAAAGGAGUGUUGUUCGAGCUUUUGUUUUGCCUUCGUGUAAAAUUAUGAUUUUUCCAACUGAAACCAACUUUAAACUGGUGAUAUUACUGUAACCGCGAUGAUUUAGUUUGUCGACAAGCUAGCAGCAGUGGAUUUAAACGAAAUGGAGUUCAAAUAUGCCAGCUGGAUCGUUCUCAGUGUGGGUGUUUCCAUCAACGUCUUUGGACUGUUUUGGUUCAUUGCAAUCCUAAUUGGGCUGAUUGGAUUCCUGAUCGGAUUCCUUACUAUCCUGUACCUUCAACAUGGCGAUCUGGACAAAUUUCUCGAUAGUGGUUUGCUGGAAAAUCCCUUGGACGAGCCGAAAACACUCGGACUCAGCAUUGUAUGCGAUCAGAAGCCCAGUAGUAUGCUAAUAAUUUCACCCAACAUUAAAGUUCAAACCGAGUCUCGAAAGUCCAGGCUGCACGCUUCCUCGUCAUCUGAGCACGGAAAGCGACGCAAUCUCCUGGAUGCCGGCAUUGAGUUACUAUUCAAGAAACGAACCAGUGAAGGUACAUCCCCUUCUGGUGGCACCGGAAGCAACGGAAGUAGUGGGAGCUCUCAGAGCAAGUCGGGCUCAGGCUUGAUAACGGAUCACCUUAUGCACAAGGGCCAUUUGCACUUUCACCAAAAGGAUAAUAAAAUUCUAGAUAAUACACCACCGACGGGUACGACCUCGCAGCACGGGAAGCAACCUUCGCCGGGAGAGGAAAAGGCGGCUUCGAGCCGAUGGAGACCGUUUGAUAACAUUAAGAUUCAUACCGACAAGGGAAAAACAAUUCAACUGCAGCAGCAACCAUAUCAGGACGGCGUCGAUCGUCAGCCCCGGAAAAAGGAUGUAGGUGCCGUUCAGGUGGGAGAAGAAGUAACCGCCAGCUCGAGCUCGUCACCGCUGGCUUCGUUCAAAUCCUACAUCGCUCACCCGGAGAUCCUUCUGCAUCGGGAUUCCCCUCCUGGAUCACCGAAGAAAAAGAAAAUUCUCAGCGGAAACAAAGCGGUCGACAAACUGAUUCACACUAUCGUGGAUUACGUGCUGAGAGAUUUCAUCGACUCUUGGUACACGGUCGUCUCGGACAAUCGCGAGUUUAGCGAUUCCAACAUACGAACCAGCAUCGAAUCGCUGGUUUUCAAAGUGUGCCAACGAAUCAAAUCUGCCGAACUGCUUCCCCUGAUGACGACCAAGCUGAUCGAUGAUUUGGCACGUCAUACAAGGUUCUACCGGCUCGCCACGCAGGAUAACAGUAGCAAACAAGUGAAUGGGAGUGAUCAGAAGCGAAUGAAGAUCCACGAGAAGCUUUCUCCCCAGAAAAAGAACCAACGGGGAAACGGACAUCGAAGGAACAAAAGCGAAACCGAUCUUACGUGGCACUUGGGGAAUGCAGCUCUGCAGAAGAACGUAGCCAAUUCAAAGUUUUACGGUGGGCAAGCUGACGAACAAUCGUUGCUUGACCCAGAAGUUAUGCUGCUGAGCUCGUUCUUCGGGUUUUGUGACGAGUACAAACAAGAAUGUAUGGACGAGGAAGCAAUGCUAGAAUACUUCAAGCGCAUCGCUGAAACUGUAUUAUACUUCACCCUGCCGGAGGAAGAUUUCAACUGCCUGACGUUGCGAGCAUUGCUUUGUAACAUUCUGGCGAACAGUAUCCUCAAACCGAUGGUUAGCACUCUUACCGAUCCGGACUUUAUCAAUCUACAAAUAGCCAAGCACUUUACCAAAGAUCCCCCAAGCGGAGAAUUUCUGCUGAAGAUGAUCCGUCAGUCGCACGAUCUGUCGGAACUACGAGCCUGUCGGCAGCUAAUUACCAAAGAAAUGGACGCCAAGCAUAAAGAUGCAACCUACAGCUCCGAGCUGGCCAGUCUCAAAUACACGCAGAAGCUGAUCGACUUGAGAAUCAGUCACCUGCAGAACAACAAGACCGAUUUGGGCAAGAGUGAGAAAGAGAAGACGUCGUCCAAUUUGCCAUUGCUUAGACUGGAUGAUAUCCUGCGCAAGGAGCUGGCCGUUUCGUACUAUUUGGAUUACCUCAGUGUGUUGAAUUUGCAAAAAUAUGUGAUAUUUUACUUAACUGCUCAAGAGUGGAAACUUACAACGAGUCAGAGCUUCUCUGACAUACAAAUAAAUAAGUCCAAGUAUACCCGGGAUGAGGUAAUGCGCAUUAUACGAGAUAAAGCAUAUAAUAUUUAUCAAGAGUAUUUGGUCCCUACAUCUGCAAAUUACCUCAACAUUGAUCCCGGAUUGAUCGAGGCACUCGGCAUACGUGUUAAAGAUACCACCAUCAUGCCGGAGAAUACUUGGUUCGAUUCGAUUUGCAAAUACGUGUACGAGAAGCAGAAGAACGAGGAAGUAUUUUUGAACAAUUUCUAUCAAAGUUCGGCAUACAAGCAACUGCUACGAGAGUUGGAUUUCAACAACACCCAGGACCAUGAAAUGCCAUCACUGGACCAUUUGGGUAUCUCAAGUCAACUGGACAGUCUCAGUGAUUCCAACUCUGGCGAUAUCCGGUUCGACGAAACGGACGACGAUGAUGCGGUGCCCGGACCACCGAGUGGGCUAUUCCACAGUGAUAUCAAGGAAGAACACGAUAUUCGAGCAAGUUCAAUUCAAAAUACUAAAUCCAAUCUGCUUCCAACGGUAGCAAGCAUAAAGCAUGCUCGCUCGCACAGCGACUGUACUGGAAUGUAUUCUCAAAUCACCGAUUUCAACGUCGAUCAGUUGAAGUCAUCGGAUUGCUCAAGCAAUGAUUCUGCCAACGAACUCGCUAUGCCAUCUGGUCCAUCUCCAUCGGUAUCAUCUACAGAUGGAAAUCUACCCCAACCACCGGUAGAAAUUCUCAUCGAUAACAAAUCUGAAGACUCACUCGCAUUAAAGCAGAAACUUUCGGCCAGAAUUAUCAACACGGCAAUCCUUUACGAAGGGCAGUACGCCGUCUAUGCGGUUCAGGUGCAGGUCAUCGAAGAUAACCAGCAAAAGAGCUGGCACAUCUAUCGGCGAUACUCUAAAUUCUUGGAGCUAAAAAAGUUCCUGGUCAAACGAUUUCCGUCCCUAUCGAAGGUCCCAUUUCCAGCCAAGAAAGCAUUUCAGAAUACUCAACGAGCUGUGCUAGAGCAUCGGAUGGAAAUUCUGAAUCACUUCCUAGAAGAAAUCUGUGCCAAAGCGGAACAGAACGAGGAGAUGCGUGUUAUUGUGAGAAACUUCUUGGAACCUGAUACGGAUGAUCGUAGGAUGCACGGUGGAGCUGUGGUAAAAACGAUUGAAAGCUUCAAAUCCGGUAUGAGCAAAAUACGAAACAUGCCAGACACUCUGGUCGGUGGUAUUUCGCGAAUAUUCCUCGGCAAGGGACCUUUGAAGGAACGAACUUUCUACGAUAUUCAAGACAUACCAACGCUGGAAUUGAAGCAAUCCGAGUAUCCUGCCCUGGCAUCGGCGUUGGACCUGUUGGACGAAGUGUUUGACCUGCAGAACAAAUCACAAUGGCUGCGUAGAGGCUUGAUCAAUCGUCUGCUUGGUGCCCCAUGGGUCAGUCAUGCGACGAACAAAAAAAUUAUACAACUUGCUGGUUCCCUCCUAGCAAUGGAUAAGGUAGAAACCGUAUUGUCAGCUGUUUUGAACAACGUAUGGCCUGACGGCGACCGGUUUAAUCCUAAUCCACCGCUCCGGGAAGAUAGUACCAAACUGCGAACCAAACUAGCCGCCAAGAUUUCCCUUUUCGCACUGCUCUCCGACGACCUGAAACACGUCGUCGGAUCAGUGACGUGCAAUUCCGGGCUACUGAACUUUUUCCAAAUGUUGCAAAACAAAAAAUUGAACACACGCCUUUUGCUUGUCUUACUGGAUCACGUACUGAAAGUGGUUUUCCAAACGGACAGCAUGACCAAACACACCAUCACGGGCGGCGGUGGCGACGAGAGUGGUACCAUACGUAUCGGGACACCUUCGGGUUCUGCUGCGGGAUCUAGAAAAUCCUCAAAGCAUUACUGAGGUGAGGGCUAUCAGGAGACGCUAUUUAGAUGUAAACAUUCCGCCAUAUAGUAAGAACCCUGAAAACAAAUCAUCACUUGAUGUAAGUCUGGUUUUAUGUUACAUGAUGAUUAGAUAGUGGAUGAAGCAAUUUACGUUAGAAGGCAUUCACCAUACACGUAUAUUAUUUUUUAGCAAUUAGUAGAAAAAGUUCUACAGACAAUUAGGUUGAUAUUUUUAAAUACUUUUAUUUUUGAUUCCAUCCUCAUCGUGGGUUCUUUUUUGUUAGGAUUUGUUUUUGGUUUACUUACAUUUUGAGUACAAGACUUAUUACAAUAAAGAAG